ACUCAACACGUGGUCGCUCGAAACGUUAACGUUCAUUUUGAAGUAGAGCGAUGGCGGUUCAUGAGUCAUUCGACGAGCGAUGACAAUUUACAAUUUCCUAAUUUCGAAGGCUAUUUCCAAAUUAAAAUCUGUUUUAUAUUUUAUAACAAGUUUUAUAAGGUGUUGUGCUGUGUGAUAUAAAAUGUGGCAAAAUAAUACUCGAUCUUCAGUUUUUUUUAUAGCAAAUAUAAAAUCGCUCAUACCGGUGCGCGUAUGCGUAAGCGAGAAAGCAGACAGGUGAAUAAGCGUCCGCUGUAGUCACCAACACACAGACAGCACCGUUUGACAGGUGCCGUUCACAUUGUGCCGCUUGGUUCACGAACACCUUUAUGACCUUGAAUGUAGGCGUCACCAUGGUGAUGGUUGUUAUGCCCGGAACGUAAACAAAGCCUGCUCACUGAUAAACCUGCAAGCUUCACAAAGUUUAACGAAGGUUUGAAACGUAGUUUAGUGUAUGAAAAGUUGAAAGUAUUGUUAAUUGAAACUGUUCGAAAGUGAACCGUAAGGCAUGACGCUAUACUUCGAUACGAAGGUGCAGUUUCUCGACAGCGAGGCAAUCAGCACGGUUAGCUCAUGGCACCCGGUGGAACCGAUAUUCGCUGUUGCUUCGUACAGCAACGAACGAGGUGGCUCGGUUACAAUAUUCGAUGAUACGGGAAUUCCACUGAGGGAUGUCUCGUUCCCGGUGCAUGCCACUUCCCAGGCGACCGUGUUGACGUGGCACCCGGAACGGAAGAUACUGCUCACCGGCUGGGAGAAUGGAGAAAUUCAUGCCUGGUUUGAGGGGAAGCGUGAUUUCGCCACGAUAAACGGUCCACACAAGUCACCGAUAAUGUUGCUAGAGUUUAGCGAGAAGGGUGGCCGUGUUAUUACGGCCGAUGCGAUGGGUGUGCUGACGGGUUGGCGGUUCGAUGGGCAAACACAGUUUCUGACCAUGUUUAAUCACGAUCUGAGGGACCCGUUGCUGCACAUCACAUUUAGGAAAUCGAUCCAAAGUGCUAGCAGUAAGGAGCUGACGAAUCUGGCACGGGCAGCGGUUGCUGGUGAUGAGGCGGCCCUGGAUCAGUUGACUAGCUGGAGACCGAGGACGGCGGUGCGUAAUCUCGCCCAUGCAAGCGUACACGACAACUACUGCUUUUACGCGUGCACACAGGCCGGUAUACUGUACUACAUCAAUCAAACUGGAACGUGCACGGAGAUCGUGCGUGGUGACAGUAUCCCGAUCAUGCAGAUACUGUGGCAUCCGAAGCAAGACUCGAUCGUAAUACUGAUGGAGGACAUUACGAUCGGACACUACGAGGUGGACACCAACGGGCAGAUCACUGAGCUCGAUCGGGUAAAGCUUUCCGGGAAGGUAUCCGGUUCCAAGAGCGCUAUAACGUGGGUUGCCGGCUGUGCACUCGCCAUUCUAACCGGCGAUCUGUCCGUGCGCAUCUGGGACAUUGAGACGAACGAUAACUACGUCCUGUCGAUGGAGCUAUCGGCCGGUUCCGAUCGGACCGGUACAGACCGACCCCCGGUAAGUGCUGUUGCGCUGGAAGCAUUUACCUGUGUAGCGUACUGUGCGGACACACAGACGCUCAGUGCGGGCACCAGCCAGGGCAAUCUCUAUACCUGGCGCCGAGCGGCAGCCGGAUAUGGCCGUUCCUACACAAACUCCGAGAACCAGUGGCAGCUGACGAAUGUGACACCGGUGCGAGGAACAAUCAAGAGCCUCGUAUGGGGCACUACCGAAGCGAACCGGCCCUGCAUGAUGGUAAACUGUCUGUCGAGUGUGUUCAUCCUGAAGGAGCAAUCGUUACUAUCCGCCCACGCACGGAACGUUUGGGCGACGCAGAAAAAAUCGAACGAACUGCUGGUGCGGCAUGCCAACGGACGGGAAGUUAUACUCCGCACGGACAUAUCGAUCAUCCAUCUGGCGCUGAACGAACUACACAUUGUGGUAACGAAUGGGCGAACGAUUGCUGUGUAUCGGAUCGAUCAGGCUGGUACGAUGCGGAGCAGUACAGGGAGGAUGGCAGCUGCCGGUGGAGUGAGCAACGAUACCGCGAACGGAGAUCCGGACGGGAAUACGUUGGUGGUUGCGUUUGUUGAUAGUUUUGCCGUCGAGUGUGUGGCCGUUUAUCUGUACGAGCAGAGUAUUGUGGCGCUUGGGACGGAACAGGUGAAGAUUUACUCGCUGAGCGGUAUCAUUCUGCAGGAGAUUGUAUUCAACGGUAAUGAAGGAAAACCUAUCGGGGUGGAUCUAGUGGGUCCCUAUCUGACCGUGUUCACCUUCCACGGCUACAUCCGGCUGUAUGACGUGUCCCGGCACGACAUCCGCCUACUUCAGCCACCGAAAAAUGCGUACGAUCUGUUUGAAAAGUUUGGUGAAAUCAUCAUGGCUCGGACGAACGCGAACGGGACGUAUGUGGCGCUUACCAUCGCCAACGAACAGCUGCUACCGGACGGCAAGCUGUACCUCUGGAACCUGGAGAGUAAUGUGCUUAGCUCGCGAGAAUUUCACACCCACGAACCGGCAGGACGUGGUCGGUGGUUGAAGGAGGCAGGCGAAAGCUCGACGACGACCGCAUCCAGUGGGCAUAUCUGCUUACCUGUUGGAUUUUUCUGGGAUGCAGAAGACCCAAGGCUGUUGGCGUGUGAAAGUAAACCCUUACCGAGACAACAAACGUCCGUGAGAGCGUUGCAGCACGAAUCACAAAUACAUGUCCUGUUUGUCGAUGGACAGAAGUCGGAGCUGGCCGAGCUGGAGGUGCUGGAACCACGUACGGAUGGUCCGGGUGAACAGCUGGAGCUGAUUGGGUUGUGUGUGCCGCAUCUGAUCGUGUUGAGAAGAAAUGAAAUCGCCCGACUAUCGUUGCGUGACUUUAAGGGAUUGGAUACGUGCGAUCUGGCCACCCGGGAGAUGGUGCUUAACUUUAGCCUGAAUGUAGCGCAGGAGAACAUGGACCAAGCGUUUAGCUGCAUCCGAUCGUUGCGCUCCGACACGGUGUGGGCAAAUUUGGCCCGGCUUUGCGUGCAGACGGGUCGGUUGGAUGUGGCGAAAGUUUGUCUUGGGCAUUUGAGACGUGCCCGGUCGGUGAGGGCGUUGAGACGAGCGACGGAAGAUGCAACGCUGGAACCGGAGGCACGCGUUGCCGUGCUGGCAAUCGAGCUGGGGAUGAUGGAUGAAGCGGAAGCACUGUACAAGCGGUGCGGUCGGUAUGACCUGCUGAACAAGCUGUACCAAGCGUCGGGUAGGUUUGAGGAAGCGUUGGAGGUGGCGGAACACUUCGAUCGGGUGCAUCUGCGGAACACGUAUCAUCGGUACGCGGAGUGGUUGAAGGAGUGUGGCAAGACGCAGAAAGCGAUACAGUACUACGAGAGGACGAGUAGCUUGAUGCACAACAUAAGCCAGCUGCUGAUGGAUGAUCCGGCGGCCCUGAAGCAGUACAUGCAGGGUACGAGCGAUCCGGAACUGUUGCGGUGGUGGGCACAGUACGUCGAGAGCAGCGGUGAUAUGGAGGGUGCGUUUAAAAUCUACCAACGGUCGGGCGAUUGGUUCUCGCAGGUGCGCAUCCUGUGCUUUAUCGGGCAGGUUGGACGGGCGGAUGAGAUUGCGCGGGCGAGUGGUGAUCGGGCCGCAUGCUACCAUUUGGGCAGAUAUUACGAGAACAGUGGGAAGUUACAGGAGGCUAUACAGUUUUAUACCCGCGCCCAAACGUACGGCAAUGCGGUGCGCAUCUGUAAGGAAAACGAUCUGCCCGAUGAUCUGUGGACGGUGGCGUGUACUGCACGGUCCCGGGAUAAAGCAUCCGCUGCGGCGUACUUCGAAGAGUCGGGAGACUAUAGGCGUGCGGUGGAACUGUACCAUCGUGCCGGGAUGUUGCACAAAGCGGUUGAGAUGGCAUUCCGAUCACAGCAACCCGAAUCACUGCAGGUGAUCGCAUCCGAGCUGGACGCUUCCUCAGACCCUGAUCUGGUGGCGAGAUGUGCUGACUUCUUCGUCGGCAUCGAGCAACCGUACAAAGCGGUUCAGUUGCUUGCGAACGCCCGACAGCUAUCGCGCGCCCUAGCUGUCUGCGCGGAACAUCGUGUCCCAGUGACCGAAACGUUGGCAGAACUGUUAACACCCGGCAAGGAAGAUCUACCGGAAGGGGAACGCAUAGCGCUGCUACUGCGACUCGGCGACAUACUGCAGGAGCAGGGCGAUUAUCAUGCGGCGACGAAAAAGUUCACCCAGGCAGGUGAUCGUGUGCGGGCGAUGAAGAGUCUGCUAAAGUCGGGCGACACGGACAAGAUCAUCUUCUAUGCCGGUAUGUCCCGGCAGAAGGAUGUUUACGUGAUGGCGGCCAACUAUCUGCAGGCACUGAACUGGCAGAACGAUGCAAAGAUCCUGAAGAACAUAGUUACGUUCUACACGAAGGGUCAAGCGUACAGCCAGCUGGCAAACUUUUACGCCAACUGUGCCCAGGCCGAGAUAGACGAGUUUCGGGACUACGAUAAAGCGCUGAAUGCGCUGCAGGAAGCGGUCAAGAGUUUAUCGCGUGCCGCACCUGCGUCAAACGCUUCGCAACCGGCUGCACUCGACACGCUGCAGGUAGCGAUGGCUGAGGUUAGACGGGUGAUUGAGCUGCAGGAUGCGACGGAACGGCGCGAGUACAGCAAUGUGAUCAAGCUGAUCAAGGUCCGGUUGGAAGAGCGUCAAGAUCCACCACCUCCGGUACGUGUAUGGGAUUUGCUAGCGUUGCUGGUAGAGUGUUUGGUCGCAACUGGACAGCACUCGGAAGCGCUCUACUACGUACGGGAGCUGGCGCAAAGGAAACCCGACUGGUAUCAUCAGGAACUGUUGGAUAAGCCGGUACUCGAUCGGUUGGUGGCGGAGACGGGCGUUAAUCUCGAACCGUACGUAAACGUUGCGAGGGUGAAGCGCCCUACAACGGCCACCAUCUCCACGAUGAGUGAUGAUGAAGAGAUUCAGGAGGUGUUUGAGUAGAGCGUCGUUCUUUUGAGAUUUUAUCUUUAAGUUAUUUAUGUAUUUAUUUGGUACUCUAGGACAUUGGUGGACUUUGUGUCUCACAAAACCGUACAUCAGAAGUUUGGUAGCUCUUAUCUCAUACCUUUAAAAUUGUAAAGACCGCAAGGUCUCUCAAGAGGAUAAAGAAUUCUUGCCAGUUAAAAGCGAAAGCGAGUUUCCUUUCUAGCAAAUGCUACUACAUCCUAUCGGAUACUAUUUCUUGGCAUGCAGCAUUGAAAGUAAUUGUAAUAAAUCCGAUAUUUUAAUUAUA